AAUGCUCGUGAGUUUGAAAUGGUUUUGAGGUUUUGUGGUUGCCGUCGAUGCUCUGCGGAACUUGGAGCACCAGCUUCCUUGUGCUUGGGCCACGGGCCAGCCCUCGCGAGUACACGGAGACCAUGCAAGGGCCCCGGCUGCCCUGCUCCUAGGAGAGCAUCGGGCCUGGAAGUCGGGCAGGUGGCCCAUCUCUGCACCUCCCCACCGAGAUUUCUGGCUUUCCCAGGUGACUUCCGAAGUAUGGCCGCCCACAGCAGCUCCCCCUGCGAACCUGUACUGACACCGUACCUAACCAGUCUCUACAGCACAGUGCUCAUCGGAGGGCUGGUGGGCAUCAUCUCCAUCUUGUUCCUGCUGGUGAACAUGAACACCCGGUCUGUGACCACCAUGGCUGUCGUUAACCUGGUGGUGGUCCACAGUGUCUUCCUGCUGACAGUGCCUUUCCGCUUGACCUACCUCAUCCAGCACACCUGGCCGUUUGGACUGACCUUCUGUAAGUUUGUGAGCGCCAUGGUGCACAUCCACAUGUACCUCACCUUCCUGUUCUACAUGGUGAUCCUGGUCAUCAGGUACCUCAUCUUCUUCAAGUGCAGGGACAGAGUGGAGUUCUACAGGAAGCUGCAUGCCGUGGCUGCCAGCGCCGGCCUGUGGCUGCUGGUGAUUGUCAUCAUGGUGCCCCUGAUCGCUUCUCAUUAUGGGACUCACCAGGAAUAUGACAAUAAGACCUGUUUCACGUUCCACAAAGAGCUUAUGCAUCCGGAAGUGCAGGUCAUCAACUAUCUGAUCGUCACGGCGGUCAUCACCACCACGCUGGUCCUCUUGGUCUUCCAGGUCUUCAUCAUUGUGUCGAUGAUGCGGAAGCUGCGCCACUCCGUGCUGUCCCACCAGGAGUUCUGGGCCCAGCUGAAAAACCUAUUUUUUAUAGGGAUCAUCGUUAUUUGCUUCCUUCCCUACCAGUUAUUUAGGAUCUAUUACCUGCACACAGUGGCCCACUCAACAGGCUGUAACAACAGAGUUGUAUUUUAUAAUGAAAUCUUCUUGAGUGUCACGGCGAUUAGCUGCUUUGAUUUGCUGCUCUUCGUUCUUGGGGGAAGCCAUUGGUUUAAGCAAAAGAUAAUUGACCUGUGGAACUGCCUUCUGUGCCGUUAGCCACAAAAUACAGUAUUCAGAUGUACUUCCUUUAUAGUGGGAGUGAAAAUGGGUAGAAGGAGGUAGGAAGGCUAUUUUAUUACUCGAUUAAAACCAUACCUUGAUGCAGCCAAACAAAAGGACAAUAAAUGUCAGCAUUCAUUCCAGUCCUUAUUCAGUCCCUACCAUCUGUAAGUGAUGCCCAUGCAGAGCCUAGUGAGGUCCAGUCCACCUGCAGUGUGCAAUGUCUCCUCGGCCCGUCCAAGUAUCAUGGGUCUAAUGAUUUCUGAGUUUUACCAGUUUAUUUCCGUUUUCCUCAGUCUGAAACAUGGUUUUUUCUUAGGUUUUGAACAGGACUCAGCACUGUAGCUGGUUCUUUUCUUUCCACGUAAAACCAUAGUCAAGUUCCUUCUGGCUAUGAUUCAGCUCCAAAGCACCAACUCUACUUUGCUAACUAGAUAAGAUGCCCAUUCGACUCACACCUUGACCAAAAAAAAUAAAAACAGAUAAGGGGGGAGGCCUGUAGGGAACUUUUCUAGAUGAUCAUAACUUUGGUAGGAAGUCACUUAUCUAGAAGUCCAGAGGAAGUGAACUCCUGGCCUUCUGUCUAACAAGGUUACUGAGAUUUAUCCCCUAAAAGGCCAAGUUUAAGGACUUAGACUCCCACAAUAUCUCAAAAGUCAUCUAAAAACUUACUAAAUAUAUCUAAAUAAUGAUGAGAGUGUAACUUAGAGAAUAUUCCUGACCAAUAUACUGCUAGAGGUUAACGUGUGUUCCCAAGGGAAGUGAUUACAUUUUUUCCCUUUUCUGUUUUUGAAGAAUUUAUUGAAGUCUUGGUCCACAGCUAAUUUAAAUUUUCCUUGGAGACAGAAUGCUGUACUGAAAUCUUUGAGUUCUCUUCAACCCAUAAAAGUAUGGAUCUUUAAAUAUAUGAAAACAAUAUUCUUUUUAAAAAUAUAUA